GGUCGUUCUGCACCUUUUCCUGAUGUCGCAGAAUCUCACCACCUACGAGUACAUCAUGAACCAGCGGUUCCCCGGCGAGGACGGUGGCACCGCUGGCAAACUGCGGCGGCACAUCCGGAAGCUGCCGUCCUGCAUGGAUUGGAUAGUGUUCAGCAGAUGCGGCCGCAGGCGGCGGCCGAAGAGCAGCGGCACACAGGAGGUGCGGGUGCAGAGCGGCGAGGCGGAGCGCCCCGUCGGUGAGGCCAAUGAGGCCGUGGUUGCCACAAGCCCUGCGGCUGCCCACGGGGCAGCCAGGCUCGACCCAGAGAGGCCC